CUCAAAAGUUGGCAACCAUGUAAUUUAUUCGGUCGUUCGGUAUAACCGCUUUUCUAACCGUUGCGGUGCUAGCUGGAGUUAGCAUUUUUAAGACCGGGUUUUCUACGUCGUACGAAUUCUUAUAGUGCGAAUAAAACCUAAAUAUUUAUUUACUUGUAUUCCAGCUUUUUAGUUUACAAUGGCGACGCCCACCCCGCCAAACCGCAGAGCGAGCAGCGGGACCCCUCUGAGCACCACCAGGAUCACCAGACUGCAGGAGAAAGAUGAUCUCUGCAACCUCAACGACCGCCUGGCCAAAUAUAUCGACAAAGUCAGGAGUCUCGAGUCAGAGAACAGUGUUCUUCGCCUACAGAUUUCUGAAAAGGAAGAGGUGAGCCAGGAGCUGACCGUCUUCAAGUCUCUGUAUGAGGACAAGCUCACAGACGCGCGACGCUCUUUAGACGACACCACUAAAGAACGAGCCAGGCUUCAGAGCGAGCUGGGACAACUCCGAACCGAGCAUGAUCAACUCCUGCAGAACUAUUCUAAAAAGGAUGCAGACCUGGCUGGAUGUCAGGCCCGGCUGAAGGAUAUGGAGGCAUCAUUGAAAACUAAGGAGGCCAGUCUGGCCACAGCCUAUUCUGAGAAGGAAAGCCUUGAGGUCAUGCUAGCAGAUCUGCAUGCCCAGAUCCAGGAGCUGGAGGCCGGACUGAUUUCAGCUAAGAAGCAGCUGGGAGAUGAGACUCUGCAGAGGGUGGAUGUGGAGAACCGCUACCAGAGCCUGGUGGAGGAACUUGAGUUCCACAAACACAUGUUCGAAGUGGAAAUUAAGGAGACCCAGCGCAGGCAUGAGACCCUUCUGGUUGAAGUGGACUCCGGUCGCCAGAGUGAGUACGAGUUCAAGCUUGCUCAGGCCCUGGCAGACAUGAGGCAGCAGCAUGAUGAUCAUGUAAAACUCUACAAGGAAGAGAUGGAGCGGAUUCAUCUUGACAAGCUGAAGAACAUACAACUGUCUUCAGAUAUGUACAGCAGUGCAGCAAGCUUGGCACGAGAAGAGCUGAAGGAAUCUAUUAUGAGAGUUGAGAGUCUGUCAGCUCAGCUGGCCAGCUUGCAGAAGGAGCCAGGAAAGAGAGACAGGAGUGACAGCAGCUGCACAGUAGGAGGAGUGAAACAGGAGCAGACACGUGGCUGGCAGGAUCGCAUCAAUGACCUGGAGGCUGCUCUGGCCGAUGAGAAGGUUCUGAGCCGCAAGAUACUGGCUGAUAAAGAGCAAGAGAUCGCGGAGAUCCGAGCCAAGAUGGGGCAGAGGCUUGAAGAGUAUGAGCAGCUGCUGGAUGUCAAACUGGCCUUGGACAUGGAGAUCAAUGCUUACAGAUAUCUACUGGAGGGCGAGGAGGAGAGAUUGAAGGUUUCUCCACUUUCGUCACGGUCAUCGUCUCCAUCAGACUGGAUGUAAAUGGCAAGUUCAUCCGUCUGCACAACUCCUCGGAUCAGGGAGAACCACAAAGAGAGGGUGCCAAGAGAGGCUGCUUGAUCAUGUGAGAGCGGUAACACUACACAUCACCCAACUUUUCCACUACAGCCAGGUUCAGCUGCCAACUCUACAACCACGUCAGAACUAUUUUUGUAUCACUUCUGUAUAAUAAACCAAGUUUUUUUUUUUUUUUUUUUCAUUUCUCUUUGGUUUUAAUGGAUUGUAAACCUUUUUGCUACAUUUCUAUUUCAAUUUUAUAUGUGAAUUCAUAAAUGUUUCACAACUUUCUUUCUAUGAACCAAAAUCUAGCGAUCAGUGGAGGACUGUAGUGAGACUGAGAGCUCUGUGGAAAGUAGGCAGCUUUUGCAAAAUUACUUCAAAAUUCCUUCAGGUGCUGUGAUCUUACCUUAAUUUGUGGAUCUUCAAACAUGGUAUUUUAAGGGUCUCUUUAUAGAAAAGUUAUAAUUUUAUACUAGUUUUGUAGUUUUUAGUCAGUCACGUCUUGUGUAUAAGCAUCUGUUCCAAUCUAGUAGUAAUGGUGCUUCAUCAUCUUGCGUUUGUUCUGCUUGCCGGUGACUAAACACAUUGUCAAAUUUGUAUUUGUGAAAAAUGACUGUGUUCAGAUACACUAAGGAUUCAGAAUACUCAUCGUAUCGUGAGUGUUUUGGCGAUGAAUAAAAUGUGUCAAAUUA